AGUUUCCUUCCUUUCUCUUUUGAUAUGGAGAGACAGGCCUAGAGUUGAUUAAUCACCACGGCUGGGCUCUCGCUUCCAAUAAAAACAGCAACAGCCACAACCUCUGAGGCACAGAGAGAAUCUGGAAACCCCCAAGAAACUCACAAGGAGGAGGCUGUUGAUCUGCUACAGUACCAGGGAGACUUCUAUUGCUGGUCUAACAGUGCUCUGCCGGAGCUGCUGCUGAACAAUCCCUCAUUGCUGUGAGAUGACUAGCACUGAAGACCUGGUUCAGGACGAGGAUGCAAGCAUUGAAAAGCUGGUUCAUGACGUGGCUGUCUACCAGUGUGUGGGCAUCCAGAUAACCAACAACACCAGAAGCGUUACCCUCGGGAACCCCAGGAGUUACUGUUAUAGUGGCUGGGCCAAGAAUGAGCCUGUGCCCCAGAUCACCCCCGGUUCUUCAAAGAGCUGCGUGUUUGUGAAAACAAGUGGCACAGCCCGUGGGAGCGUCGGGGUGCUGAGCUACGAGUCCGACACUUUCACCCUGGCCAUCAUGUUCUCCAGCCCCUACGACCGCAACCUCUACAGCUCUGAGUUUGCCAUCCAGAUCUUCACUGGCAGGAAGCACUUCGACAACAUGGAGCACCUCUACCACUACAUGUACAGCCACGACCCUCCCUAUAAUUGCAAGUCCUUCCAGAAAAUGAUGCUUACUCAUGGCAAGGAUGGUGAGCUGGAGGUGACCAAUGAGAAGAUCCAGGUGAAGGCUACCAUGUCCAAGGAAUAUAAGUCCAUCAUUAAAGUGCAGAUCAAGGAAAAAAAUCCCUGUUCCUGCCCCUGCCCCUGCCCCAAUGUGAUUUUAAAAAGUUGUGUUUCUUGCUUAUUUUGUAACCUCCGAAAUAACAGCUGUUGUCAUACGAAGACCUGAAGUUUAAGCAUUUAUCAUGGUGAUAAAACUCUCAGAAAGCUUUGCAAAAAGUAAUGCUAAAAAAGAGAAUAUAGAAUUAUUAGCAAAUAAGAGCUACAAUUCUUGUACAUGGAAAUAUGUUUCAGAGCCUGGCCUUUGGGUAUAGCUGUAUAAGGUUGUUUUUAAUUGCAUGUGUGCUUGCCAGGUAAAAUAUAAUUGGCUAAGCAACUUAAAUAACAAUUCUACAUUGUAAUGGAAACCAAAAGAAAGGGAUAAGUAGAUAAGUUCAUAACGUAAGAAUGGCUAUACUGGAUCUGCCCAAUGGUCCAUCCAGCCCAGUGCCAGAUGCUUCAGAGGGAAUGAACAGAACAGGGCAAUUUCGAGUGAUCCAUCCCCUGUUGUCCGGUCCCAGCUUCUGGCAGUCAGAGGUUUAGGGAUACCUGGAGCAUGGGGUACCAUCUUGACUAGUAACUGUGAUAGGUUCCCCACUCGCCUGGCAACGAGUUUCACAGUUUGCGUGUAUGUUGCAGGUAUGUUGUAUGCCCCCAGUGCUGCUCGGCUGGGCAGCGCAACUGGAGCUCCCUCAAUCCUGGAGCGCUGGGCAGGCAGCAUGGUCCCAGCACUGGUAGUACGGGUGGCAUGGUGUGACGUGGCCCCAGCCCAGGGGUCUUGUGCACACCACGACCCUCAGCCUGCCUACCCCAGCCUCGGCCACAGAAGGCAGGAGCGGGAUUGAGGGUGGAGCGUGGAUGGGGCCACGCCAGGUUUGUUUUUGGGAAGCACAACCUUCCCCUGCCUAUGAUACCUGCUGCCCGUGAUUGUCCUGAUAAAAUGAGAGUAGCAACAUUGUAUGUAAAGUUAUACAAUUCCAUUGCAUGGUGUUAGUAAGACAUAUUCGAAGACUGGGGAGUGGCCUCUCAAAAAGCUUCAUCUUACAAAGAAAGUGCUUGGCAUUUCCAUCCACACAGACUUUUUGUCUCUUGAACCUCAGCUGGAGAUUCUUCUCAAAGAAGGAAGGGUGGAUGCCGCAAAUCAUUCCCCCCUUUCUCUCUGCCCAUGGCACCCAUGGCACCUGGAGAACAAAGGAAGGAGCAUUGGACCAGGGGAGGGAUCUUGACUGAAAGUUCAGUCAGUAGAACUGCUGGGACAUGUGGUGUGAGAGCUUGCUUUGAAUUCAUUCCAGUUUGUUCAGUUAGGCAUUAGUUGCAUUUUACUUUUAUUUUUUCUUGUAACCAGUUCUGACUUGUGUCUCGUUACUUGCGUUCACUUUGUCUAUCCUUUUGUAGUUAAUAAACUUG